AUGAGCCAGCAACAGCACGAUAUGUAUCUCGACUACGCACCUCCUUCGAAUCGCUCUCCCAAUUCCUCGCGCCCUUAUCCCGGGGGCAGCGGCUUCCAACCCGGCAUGUCUCUGCCUCGCCAGACCCAGAGGCCUUUCGAUCCGCCUCUGGGCUCGUCUGCCCUCUACUCGACCGACCGUCUGACAGGGGGCUACAACCCGCGAGGCAUGGAUCAAAUGGGCCAUCAAGGAGGGAUGCAAGGCGGCUAUAUGCCUGAUAACAACCAGGCAUGGUCUUACAACCCUGCAGCUGUUGCCACGGUCAAUGGCGCCAUGAACGGCACGAGCCGGCAGAGGAGCGUCAACCGACGCAACCCCAUUCCUACGAACUGGACCGAUCAGGGCGGCAUGGGCAUGCCGUACGGCUCGGUUAGCCUCAACGGCACCCCUUUGUCCAGCGGUAUGAGAUACGACCAGGGACAGCAUGACAUGCGUGGCGGCCCUGGCGAAGAGCAGCUGAUCCCUACGGCCAUUGUCAUCAAAAACAUCCCCUUUGCGGUUCGCAGAGAGACUCUAGCGGGCCUCAUGCUCGAGAUGCAUCUCCCGCAGCCCUACGCGUUCAACUACCACUUUGACAACGGUGUCUUCCGUGGUCUUGCCUUUGCCAACUUCUCCUCGCCUGAUGACACCAAGAUCGUGAUCGAGGCCAUGAACGGCAUGGACGUCCACGGUCGCAAACUUCGCGUCGAGUACAAGAAGAUGCUGCCAGAAGCCGAGCGUGAGCGCAUCGAGAGGGAGAAACGCGAGCGUCGUGGACAACUGGAGGAGCAACACCGUGCACCUAUGCUUCACCAGCAGCCUUCUGUUUCUACGCUGAACAGCAUGAAUAACGGCCAGUCUCGUGGUGGAGCUAGCACCGCCCUCGGCGAUGUGAACCUGAACGAUCCAGAGACACUCGAGUUUUACACGGAGCUCACCCUGUUCAAGCAGGACAAUAACCGCGAAAUCCUCAUCUUCCCGUCGACUGUGGCACCUGAACAGCGCCGCCAGAUUCACAUCUUGGCUCACCAUAUGGGUCUGGAGCACCGUUCCGUUGGCGAUGCCGACUCGAGACAGAUCCAUGUGCAGAAGCGCCAUCUCCCCUCGCCCACUUCACAGAUGCCCACGGCGCCCGCCGUCGGUCUGGAUUACCACAAGAAGGGGCUCAGCAGGGCCGCUACCUUCGAUUUUGCCGCAGACAGGGAGCGAGAGACCAGAGCCGUUACCGGGAACUACUCGCACAUGCUGGGCCGCCAAGGACCCACCCUCGAGCUUCCUGGCAGCCCUGAUGGCACGGGUCUUGCCAAUCUUCGAGCUGCCAAGAGCUUUGCCGAUCUCCGAUCGUUUAGCCCCAGCCCUUCGGCCUCGUCGUCAAGCUACUUGACGGCUGUCAACAAUGGCAUGAUGCCUCCUGCCAGGUUCACUGAAUAUGCCAGCGGCAUGAACCAGGGCAACUCACUCGCAACCCCCAACCUCACUCCGACUACGCCGGGCACGUCGAGCACCCCUGGGAACGACAGCCUGCUGAACUCUCUGGGUGCGCUUAAUCUGGGGGCUUUUGAGGCCGCGACUCAUGCGCAGCCGCGUAACACCCCCGGCGCGAUCGGUAGUCAGCGUCCUGGCGCUGUAAACAGCCGCAACGGAGCCCCCGAGAGGCAGCCACGAGGCCCGGAAUGGGAGGCGUCGGCUGGCUUUGGAGGCCGCACCCGCACUAACGGCCAUAUGCAGCGAGGAAGCGAAGACUCGUCUGACAAUGGCGCGCGUUCCACUGCGUCACGCUACCACUGAGGGCUGAAAGCCCAACGAUGAAACGACUCAUGAAGACUCGACGGAUAGAGACGACGAAAAAAAAAAGCCGAGAUACCAGCGCAAGCAAAACCGCUGUACAGAAUAUUCUCCUCACCCCAGAAAUCUCCGCCCGCCCUCAUACGACUUCGCCUCUAUUUUUUUCGCCAUCUCUACGUUCCCCUCCCCGUACUGUUUAUAAUGAUUGUUGCAAAGCUUUUCUCGACUGUUGCAUUUGGUGGAUAGAAGAUCACGCGACGCUGGAUUGGAUAGCUCUGGUCCCGGCAUCAUCUUGACGACCAUUUUUGGACGAACACGGAUAGUGAUGAGGAUUCAAGACGCUCUCACUCUCAUGGGCAACCAUAUCACGACCCGACACGGCCCCGGCUCCGACAGGCCGCCGCCCUGCCCUUCCUUAGUCCACACCGUGGUGCUGGACAGCGAAGGAUGUUUGACGACGAUUUUAUGCUGUUACGACGUGACGUCUAGACGGACAACAGCCCCCUUGACGAAGCCCGUCUUCGGACGGUGCGGGCGUGGCUAGCAACGGAGACGACU